AUGACAUGGGGCAAGCCAACUUCAAGGAUACCCGGAAUGAAUGGCCGAUGGGUAUCCGAUAGGAAUGGCCAUGUUGCCAUGAAAGACCUCACUGAAUUACGACAAUUCGAGGCCGUUGUACAUCAUUCCAUCUAG